AAAGAAAGAAACAGAGAAACAUGGCCAAUGUCGUUGUUCCUGAGACUCAACUCAUUUCAAAGGGCAAAGCGAUCCCGCUCCUCGGCUUCGGAACGGCCGAGUUCCCGUUUGUCUCCUCCGAGAGCGUGAAGGGACACCUUCUCGACGCGAUCCGAGUGGGUUAUCGACACUUCGACUCGGCCAGGGUUUACCAGUCUGAGCAGCCCCUCGGAAAUGCCGUGGCCGAGGCCCUUGAACUCGGCCUCAUAAGCUCACGUGAGGAGCUGUUCAUCUCCACGAAGCUCUGGAGCAGCGACGCACAUGGCGACCUCGUUGUCCCUGCGCUCCAGAGAUCCCUCAAGAAUCUCAGGCUCGAGUACGUGGACCUGUAUAUGUUGCAUUUUCCGGUGACCUUGAAACCAGGUGAGUGCACGCUUCCAGUGUUGAAGGAGGAUCUGCUUCCGUUUGAUUAUGAGAGUGUAUGGAAGGCCAUGGAAGAGUGUCAAAAGCUGGGCUUGGCCAAACGAAUUGGAGUGAGCAAUUUCUCAUGCAAAAAGCUUGAGAAGUUACUCAGCAUUGCUGAGAUUCCUCCUGCUGUCAACCAAGUGGAGAUGAACCCUCUUUGGCAGCAACAGAAGCUAAGGGAAUUCUGCAAGGAGAAGGGAAUUCACAUCACUGCCUUCUCUCCCUUAGGCGCCAAAGGAUCGUUUUGGGGGACCAAUAGAGUGAUGGAAUGCGAGGUGCUGCAAGAGAUUGCCAAAGCCAAAGGGAAGACGCUUGCCCAGGUUUGUCUGAGGUGGGUGCAUGAACAAGGGGUCAGCGUGCUGGUGAAGAGCUUCAAGACGGAGAGGAUGAAAGAGAACCUCGACAUAUUCGACUGGAGCUUGAGCCUUGAAGAGCUGAACAAAAUUGGUCAGAUCCCGCAGAAGAAAGGAUUCCUCGCGCCCGAGUUUGUAUCCCCCGAUGGUCCUUUCAAGUCUCCCGAAGAGUUCUGGGACGGGGAGGUUUGA